AUGGCUUCCGCGGCGAGCUCCUGCGCGAGCCUUCCGCUUGAGCAGCUCGCUCUUUACCACGCGGUCGACCCGGUCCUGUCUUCGAUAUUUGUCUUCCAUGGGCCUGCAACCACGGCCAACUCAACCCUCAAUAGCUCGCGCAUCCAAGUCCAUAUUUUCGCUGCAGAUGGCCUACAAAGCUAUCCGCGCAUCACUGUAUCGCCGGCUGCUCCCCUGUAUGCGGCUGUAAACCACCUACCACGCGAAAGGCAGGGUGACGAAGUCUACCGAGGGCUGGCAGUCUGUUUAUUUAAGUACUUCUCGGAGAUUCCAGAUUCCGUGAAAAGUGAGCUGGUUGCGCUCGCACAUCCAGGGAGACCAAGCUCCAAACCACUGCAGUUCUUUGAUGAGCUGCAUGCAGCAGAUCUCGCAGAUAAGAUGGAAAAAGUGGAGAAUCCAGCAGCAGUGGUUCGCGACCUGAAAGAUGCGUUCGCGGAUAGGGUUGUUCCAUGGGUUGACAUUGAUUUAAUUGUACCUACGGGCACUAUAACGGUCCCAAUGUCACCGGGUGAAUCGUCACGCCAGUCACUGCUAGGAUAUAGUGAAUCAGGCAUCGAGUCGCCUAUCCAUGAGAAGUUUGCUGACCGGUUCGGUAAACUUGCACCACUAGUAGAUUCUCUGGGUGAACCUAUCUUUUUACCUACCUCAAAGUUGCGCCGAGCUCCGUCGAAACCUUCUAACCUCAGCAAGUCUAAGUUGUUUUCCACUACUCAAAAAGAAGCCCUUCGGCUUUCCAUGUGCGAGUUUGUCGAUACGGAAGAAAGAUAUGUUCAUAAAAUGUAUGACCUCGUCCACAAUGUUGCGCAUGAAUUUUGCCAAAAAGCGAGGGCGAAAGCACCGACGAGUACAAGUCCAGAUGAAUCAGCGUUAGCCAAGCUGUUUCCACCUUGCCUUAACGAGAUACUUGAAGUGAAUAUGGGAUUUCUGGAUGCUAUACGCCUUGUCCUCGAGGAAACAGAGAAAGAUGCCCUAGAAGACCUAUCCCAAGAUACCAUGCUUGACCCAUCAACUUUCCCUCGUGACCCAACAACUGGCCGACGAAAUGAUCUUUUGGGCGCAAUUGCUUUCGCCCAAUGCUUGCUUGACUGGCUUCCGCGUUUCUCCAAGCCGUAUGGACAAUAUAUGCAUGCCCAUACGGGAUUCUACUCUCUCCUCAAUUCUUUUCUGGGCGAUCAGAAUUCCUCGUUUUCUAAACGGGUCUAUGAGACUGGAGAGCAGCGGAUGCGUUCGUUACUUAUGGAGCCAAUCCAGCGUCUUCCACGAUACAGCCUCUUAAUUGAUACUAUGACUGCAUCUCUUCCAUCAAUGCACCCAGCUGUGAAGUCGUUUCUAAAGGCGCGCGAUACGGUCACAGAAAUAUGUUCACUAGACUCAUAUUCGGCUUCUGAUCAUUCCCAGACUUUGAUACACUUGCGAAGGAUAGUCCAUGAGUGGCCAGAAUCUGUAGCGCCAGCUGGCCGUUUAAUUACCGCUGUUGACGUGUAUACCCUCCUACCCCCUUUCCGAUCAGGCUCGUCAGGCCACAAGAGGUCAACCAGGCAUAUUGUUGCUCUUUGCUGA